GGAGAAGGUGGGAGGGUUAGAACUUUACUUUCUCUCCUCUGAUUGUCAGCACGAUAUAAAAACAAACGAACGGAUUGUCCCUGCGGGCAUCCACGCUCAGGUAUCAGCUGUGUGAAUGUAUGGAGCACACACACUUCUGAACAUCUCAACACUGAUCCACUUUAAGGACGGCUGGUCUUUUAAGGACAGCAGUCACUGUCCAUAAUGUCCCUGACGGAACGAUCCCAUUGGCUCGGCAGCUUUUCACGAUAUGACCGGAACUACACGUGAUCUUCUCGACCAUCAUGGAACCUGCUCCAUCAUCUUCAACCCAUUCCCCUGGGGUCAAUGGAAGCAGCUAUGACAACUACAGCAACAACAGAUGGCGCGGCCCACUGAGUGCUGACUCAGCCAGACUCAAUGACAGUGUGACGCUCAGUGACCACUUCCACACAGCCCUGCUGGGAGUCUUUCUUGGGAGUCUUUCUCUGAUCACCAUCAUCAUGAACUUGCUCGUCCUCUACGCAGUCAGAAGAGACAAGAGUCUCCACACGGUGGGAAAUCUCUACAUCGUCAGCCUGUCGGUGGCAGAUCUGAUCGUGGGGGCCACAGUCAUGCCACUGAACGUAGUAUAUCUAAUGGAGGAUGAAUGGAAGCUCGGCCAUGCUGUGUGUCAGUUUUGGUUGAUCAUGGACUAUGUGGCAAGCACAGCUUCAAUUUUCAGCUUGUUUAUCCUGUGUCUGGACCGGUAUCGCUCUGUUAGACAGCCGCUCAAGUACCUAAAGUAUCGAACAAGAGGAAAAGCCAGUGUGAUGAUUUCUGGAGCUUGGUUGUUAUCAAUGAUGUGGAUUAUUCCAAUUUUAGGAUGGAGGUUGUUCACUCAUGUAGACAUUAAACCUGAGCAGCAGAACCAGUGUGACACAGAUUUUCGCUUUGUCACAUGGUUUAAGGUCAUCACUGCCAUCUUCAACUUCUAUGUACCCUCCAUUUUGAUGCUGUGGUUUUACAUCCACAUCUUCAUGGCUGUGAGACAACAUCUAAGGGACAGGGAAAGAAUCAUUCAUCCAACCGAUUCAUUUGCAGAAAACGAAGGUGAGCAAAAUGUCAGAACACCCAGGAAGAGCCAAUCCAAGUCACCCAGGAGGGUGGUCACCCAGGAGGCUUCAGCCAUUCUUUAUAAAAAACGCCAUCAGAACACUGUGGAUCACAUUUAUUCACUAGAAAAGACAGAAAAAAGCAAAACAGCUUCAUCUGCAGUGCACAGAAAACUUGUGGCAAAGUGCCGGCAAACAACGUUGCUCACUCUAACAGCAGAGAGACUUCGAAUGAAGCAAAACGUUAAAACGUUUCCUUCAACGCCAAAGAAGCCGCAACCAAGAGCCGUGAUUCCUCUGAGGAAGACCUCGGUGUCAAAGUGCUCAGAACACGGGCAAAGAACUAUGAACACAUGUCAUGUUACUUUGACAAACUCCAUCAGUGGAGUAUGUGAUAUCAACCAGGUGACAGAUAUGCAGAAAUACACAUCUGCACUGUAUGCUAACGGCGCCCCCUGUCAGGCGCUGCCAUGGAACAACCAAGCAGUUGAAGAUGCCAAACUGGACCCAGAUAGCGCUGCAACUCUGAGGCAGACGUGGCAAAAGUUUGUGUACCAGUCUCGACAGCGCAUGCAGAGCCUCAGAGUCCACAAAGAGCACAAAGCAGCGCGGCAGCUGGGCUUCAUCAUCGCUGCUUACUUUCUCUGCUGGAUACCGUAUUUCAUAGCCUUCAUGGUAACGGCGUUCUGCAGAGAUUGUGUGCAUCAUGACCUUCACAUGUUCACCAUAUGGCUCGGUUACAUCAACUCCACCCUCAACCCCUUCAUAUACCCACUGUGCAACAGCAAUUUUAAACGCAUCUUCAAAAACAUUCUGAACAUUGGUUUGUAAACACAUUGUGACUAGAAACAGAUGUUUUAGAUUUCAGGUAUCUGGGCGAAGGAUUACCGGAUCACUACAGCCAAAAGACACUGAAUGACAUUAAGGUGCGGACAGUUACCAAAAUUAUUUAAAUUAAAUUAUGCACUUAGAGAAAUCUCAGAAAAUCACUGCAAAAGACCUGAGAUAGAAAUGCAGUUCAACAGGAAAGAGGCUGCAAAGUGUACACUGCAAAAAAGUAGAGGAAGUAAAAAUGGAGACCAAAAUCCAAAAGAAAAUAUAUAUAAUAAUGUACUAGUCUACAGUAGAUGCACUCUGUAUUUCUAAAGUAUUUAAAAUCCACUAACAGGAGGGUGACUCAAUGUUGCCAUCACCAUGGAAACUGUGAAAACAAAACUACCAAGACAACUGACUGUGGUAAAACCAGGAGAUCCUUAACUGUACAUCAGAGAACUGUUUUUUGUAAGUAUUGUUGUAAAAAGAAAAAGAAAACUGAUUAAAGAUCUGCUUCAAAACAUUCACCACUUAUGUUUCAAAACCAACUUUAUUUUAAGGCAUGUAUUGCUACAAAAUUGCUAUUUCUGUUUAAUAGUCAAAUUCUUGACUGCUGAAAAAUACAAUUCUAAAAGUUUUUAUUUAUUUUGCUUCAGCUGAAAAUAAACAGACAUCUCGCAGAGGGAAUGAAAAAAAUUAAAGGUCUAAAAGGUGAUUUUAGUAGUUUAAAAGGAAUAUACAGAGACCUUUGAGUAAAAGAUGAAUUAAAAGGCAUUAUUAAAUUUCACACCUAAAAUUGAAUGUGACACCUCGGACAGACUUCUGUCUAAUAAACUCUUUUUACAUAAACUGUUUCUUUUGGGUUUUUCGAAAAAAAAAAAUGGCACAGAUUACAAAUGGGAAUAAAU